AAUUUUUUGCCAUAUCACACAUUCCUACUCCAGACAUCAACCUACAUUUUAAAAUGGGUGAAUAUUUUCACUAUACAUACAGAAAACGGAUCAAAACUUUUGCUUAUUGUUAAAAAUUAAUCUUUAAUAAAGAAAAAUAAAUCAUUUUUGAUAUUGUCAAUUUUGACACAAGCAGUACAUUUAUCUAAUUUUUUGUUUUGUUUCCAGUCUACAUUCAUCUGAACAACAGGAACAUGCUCGUGGUUCAUAUCUGCAUGGGCCUCCUUCUGUUCUCCCCUCAGUGCACGGACCAGCUGUGCACAGAGGGGAAAGCCAAAGAGUGUCAGGAAGCAGAGUUUGUUCCAGGGUCUAAUUUAGCUGGCGAGGGCUUCGACAUCACCAAGAUGGAGCGUAAAGGAGCGUACGUGCUCGACAUGAACCAGUGGAGGCGUAAGGAUAAAACCUGCACCCUGUGCAGCAACCCCUACAUGGAGAACAGGAAGCAGAAGCUGCCCCUGUCCGUGGUGGACUGGAGGGCCAAGCAGUCCUGCAGCGCUUCAGUGUCCUCCAAACUCCACAAAUCCAGCGAGUCCCUGGUCAGCUCCAGCUCCUCUUCUGUCGAGAACAACUGGAAAGUAGGUUUGGAGUUACAAACUUUAAAAACAGGCGCCUCCCUGAUGCUGGCGGGAACCAACUCCAAGCUGGCCGAGUACUCCAUGGAGAAAACAAAGAACGACAAGUUCAGUUUUUCAAGCCUCAGCAUGUCCUGCAAGUACUACAGCUACAGAGUGUCCAACUCUCCCAAGCUGCACAACGAAUUCAGGAAAGCGGUGCAACGUCUUCCCAAAGUCUACAGCCCAGAAACCAAGCAGCAGUUUUACAAACUGAUCGACAGCUUUGGCACCCAUUACAUCACCAAGGUGAACGUCGGGGGAGACAUUCGGUCCGUCACCAGCAUCCGUCAGUGCCAGGCCAGCCUGCAGGGGCUCAGCGUGGACGAGGUGCAGAUGUGCCUCGAAGUUGAGGCGUCCGCCAGCUACAGAGCCACGAUAACGACUCAGACCAAACACUGCAAGAAGGACAUCCAGAAGUCCGACAGCAAGUCAGCGUUCUCCAGCCUCUUCAAUGACAGGUUUACAGAAAUAAAGGGGGGCAGGACCACAGACUCAGACCUUCUCUUCUCUGCUGAUAAAAACCCGUCUGCCUAUAAGGACUGGAUCAACACGAUACCUGAGAAUCCUGACAUCAUCUCGUACUCCCUCGACUCCCUGCACGAACUGAUGCCGGCCGAAACGACGACGCGGCAGAACCUGCGCUCGGCCAUCAGUCACUACAUCCUGGAGAAGGGACUGCUGAGAAACUGUAGCGGGCGCUGUCAAACGGGGAUCAGAAGCGACUCGAGGGAUUCCUGCGUCUGCCAGUGCCACAACAACCCCGCCGUGAACCCGGACUGCUGCCCGACUCGCAAAGGCAUGGCCCGGGUCAUCGUUACGGUAGAGAGAGCCUCUGGUCUGUGGGGGGACUACUUCACUUCCACAGAUGGCUAUGUGAAGGUCUUUUUCAACCGCAAUGAACGCCGUUCUCCGGUCAUUAACAACAACAGCAGCCCACACUGGAACAUGGUCGUGGACCUGGGUCAGCAGGACCUGUCUUCAGUGAAUACAGUGAAAUUUCAAGUUUGGGAUCAGGACAGUGGCUGGGAUGAUGACCUGCUGGGGACGUGUAACCAGGUUUUGACUCCAGGCGUUAAAUCGGAUCUCUGUAAUUUGAACCACGGUCAGCUGUUCUACAAGUGGGACGUGACGUGCGCUCCGAGCCUGAGCGGCGCCUCGUGCUCAGACUAUAAACCAUCGCCUAUGGACCAAAGUCUGAGGGAGCUGUACGUGUCCCGUCAUGCCCAUCCCAUUCCAAAGGCCAUGCUGCGCCAGAUGGGUGUGUUUGUGAACGAGUCCAGUCCCUGGCAAAACAAAAGUCUUACUGCUAAUAAAGACAGGAUGCAAAAAGUUUUUCAGUUAUUGUAGGCAACAGGUUGGGUCAGAGUCAUCUGCCCACUGACAACAAAAGGAUAGGAUAGGAUUGGAUAAGAUAGGAUAGGAUAGGAUAGGAUAGGAUAGGAUAGGAUA